AUGGCCACAUUACAUCACGACAGCAUGGAUAAAAAAAAAGUACAAGGUAGCAACAACUAUAAGAACAAGAACAAGAACAAGAAGGGCUUGCCAUCAUCCUCUUCUGAUUCAUUAGAGUCCAUCUCCAUGACUACGCAGCCCCAUAUGCCUAGUUCGGUCUACAAUCCGAAUCCUUUCCCGCUAGACCCAGUACAGCCGGACGGAGUUAGCCGGCACAACGCCUUUUCUCAAAACAGAAAUUACCAUCAAACACAAGAAGGCGAGGCUUUGGAUAUUGAGAUUGAAGAGACCAAAGGAUUUGUUUCAGGGAAGAGCCGACGGAGUAUAGAUGAUAGCCGAAUCAAUACUGGCGUCCUCAAAGACGACAGCAAUCAGGAUGUAACAUACGAUUAUGAGCUCGCUAAUAGAAAGAACAAUGGCUCCAUCCAAAAGAUUAGUGCAGGGUUAAAAGAGACACUGUCGAACCUGACUAGGAAUAGGGGGAAGGCGUGUGAGCGGGAAAACGUACAAGUGGACGCAGUUUUACAACACAAUCUCCAGCAACAACAAAAACUCUUACGCCAGCAACGACAGCAGCAUCAGUUACCACAUGAUAUUGGAGAGUCAUCCCGAGGUCGCGAUCGAGAGCCUCAGCACACUCAGGAUAGUCCACUUCAUGGAGGCAGAGCUAUGUAUCCUCCUAAUGGCGGUUAUAAAAAUAAAAGGGGUUCUUUUGUAGAUUCCCCAACGCGCUCACGCCUUCAUUCACUCUCACCUCCACCGCCACCUGGACUGCAGGAUCGUAGGAGUUCAGGAUCGUAUUGGCCAGAUGAUGAACAACGCGGGCUCUAUGCUGAACAAUCGACCCCUUUCAUUGGAUAUCAACCACCGCCGUUUUUAUCAUCAUCACAAGAUAGUUUGCGUUCAUAUCAACGCCCAACCAGGCCUCUGAGUCUGCCAGCAAGUGAAUAUGAAUAUGAAGAGUAUUCACCAAGACAAGAGAGGUAUGAGCAACGAUACAGAGGUCGUGACGAAGGAAGGGAGAGGGAAAGGUGCGAGCCCGAUGGGAUCCAUAAUGAGGGCGCAUUGAGCACAAGCCCCGGUGUACAGCGCCAAGCUGGAUUGGGUCAUAUUACAACCUCUAGAUCCGACUCUGCAUUAGUGAUACCAUCUGAAUUUGGUAAUACCAAGAUAGUAGCAACAGCGGCAGUUAGGCAAAACCAACGUGUGGAGACUCCUGAUAGGUUAAGCAGAGCUAAGGAAUGGGUAGCGAAUCAACGCAAAAAUAAUCAUGAUAUUGCAGCACCUACUGCAGCAGCAAUGACAGAUCGAGAUCGAGAGGCAGCGCUGUCAUCUAUUCCAGAUGCAUUCCGCUCUAGUCGUGUUAGUCGUCCCAUUCGUCCGGGAAGUGGCUAUAGGUUAUCUAUGGACUCUGCAGAUUAUAGACUCAUGACCUCACCAUUACGGCCACCGCCACCGCGAGGAGGAGGAAGCUAUCUGAGCAGCGCUGAUAGGAGAUAUGGAUACGGCCCAAAAGAAAGGAUAGCCGCGAUGAAUCAAAUCCGAAUGCAUGAACAGCAACAGGAACAGCAGUACCGCAAUUAUAGGGCAAAUGUGGUAGAUGAUGGGCGCCACUGGGAUCGCCGAUCGGAAGAAUACUAUCGUAGAAGUCAUCAAAAUCAGCACCGUGGCAACGACAGGGUAGAGUAUGAGGGAGGUUAUGGCGUUGGUAGAGGUGGUGCUCAUAGUGGAUUCCAUGGAUACCCGCCUGGCGGCCCUGACGACAUAAAUAAUGAGGAGGAGUUCGAAUCAACGUUGGUUCCAGUGCCUGCGGCUGGUAGCCAAUCCAAUAAGAAGAUGCCUGAAGAUACUGUAGAUUUACAAGACAAAUCAAAAAUAACAGCCGCACAGCAAUCAGGAGUAACAAAGACAGCUGUGGAUGAGGAUGACGAAGAGGAAAUAGAGGAUCAGCUUGAGCCUCCCAAAAAACCUAACAAGAGGCGGCUGAUCCUUCGCCUGAUCAGCUUGUUCUCAAGUGUGUUUGUCCUCGUGCUACUAAUUGCAGCAUCUCCGGUGUCAAAGUCUCCCUCGCCGUUUUCGAGCCAAGCGGGGCUUGCGUUCCAUUAUAUCGUUGCUAUACUCUCAAUGGUUGUGAGUUUUUUGUUUGUAUUCAACUAUUUGAGCCGACGCCUACGACGACGGGAAAAGAUGAAGCGUUAUAUUCUAUUCGGACUUGAUAUUCUUAUGACUUUGAUCUGGUUCGUCGAUAUCUUUAUUUGCAUCUCCAAGUUCCCUUGCGCCGUUGGUGGUCAAAAUGGAUGGUGCGAUAUGUAUAAUUCUAGCGUGUUUUUAGGAAUGAUUGCGUUAAUGAGCUUCCUCAUAGCUUUCCUGUGGGAUAUUUGGGGCUCUCUUGGUCGCCCUAAAAUAUUCGGAGAGGGACCUUGGAUCAAACCGCCUCCACCAGGGUUUGAUGGCAGACCACCAUUUGCGAGACAAGGCACUGACACAAAGGGCCACGCAGUAAGAGGAACGCCGGGGGGGUGGCCUGCGCAGUCCCCUAGGCAAGGCUUCCCAACGAAGCCAAAAAAUAGUAAAGCUCUUUGGUGA